UCUUCCAAUUCAUUCCGGAAUGUUCUAAACGUUCCGACCUUCCGCCUGGGUGUUGCAGGUACGCAGAGACGCCGUCUGAUCCCCAGCCUCACCCUGGACGCCUCCUCCUCCGUCUCCUCGCCCGCCCGCAAGCCCGCCGCCAGCCCCGGUGCACGCUGGGUGACGGACCCCCCUGCGGGCCGGCAGAGCCCUUCGAGAUCAAGGUGUACGAGGAUAGACGACGUGGAGCGACUGCAGCGGAGGAGAGAGAAGGGGACCAAGGAAGUGAUGUACUUGAGUGCCACGCUGCAGCUCCUGGAGCACAGGCAGCAGAGGAUCUCCGAGGUCAGGGCCCGAUAUGAUUGGCUGAAGAAGGAGCUAGAGCAAACUAAGCUCUACUUGAUGCUGGAGCCAGACAAGUGGACCUCCGAAUUCGACCUGCAGCCGUGUACGAGCUGGACUCUCUGGAGUUACCUGGAUGCUCUGGAGGUAGUGACACGGCGUCUGCAGACCAGGGUGAACUUCUGCAAGGCUCACCUGAUGAUGGUCACCUGCUUCGACGUCGCUUGCCGCCGGCGCUAGGCUCGCGGAUGCACGGCGGCUCCGCGCAGCAGACGGACUCGUGGGAUGUUAUCACCAAGAAGAUGAAGAGAACGGGUGAUAUAGGAACGGGACAGAUGGAGAGGAGGGAGAGAUGGAGGACAACAAAUAAAGACUCAAGACGUGAUAUUUUUCUAGGGAGUGAUGGACAGA